AUGGCUGAAAAUAUCAUGACCGGGCCGUUCUUCCCAUGGGCGGGUCCGAUUGACAACAUCACCCUUCCAGAACUAAUGACCAAGUACAACCCCGACACUGUCCCUGCCGACAAGGUCGUUCAUGUCGACACCAUCGCCAACAAGAGUAUUACGUAUGGUGGCCUCCGAAAACAAGCUGCCCGUUGCGCAUGGGGGCUACAGCACAAAUUGGGAUUGAAGGAACAGGAUAGACUGUUGGUUAUUCUUCCCAACUCGACCGACUUUGUGAUUUUAGCGCAUGCAACCAUGUGGCUCGGAGCUGUAUUAUCACCCCUCAACCCGGCCUCGGUUGCAAAAGACGUUGCCCAUGCUCUGUCUCUGAUCCAGCCCACCCAUGUCGCGAUUGACCCAAGCAAACUCGCUACCGUCAAUGCUGCCUUUGCUGAGCUGGGCUGGGGACCAAGUCAACGUCCGGUACUUUUCACCGUGCUGGGAAGGUCUGGUGAUCUCAAGCUGUUCCCCGACGACAUCGAGGGUCAAACCCCCGAGGAGUCGCUUCCAAUCUUCGACCUGCGAGGGAGGAGCACCAAGAAUCUGACGGCCAUGAUUGUGUUUUCUUCUGGGACGACUGGGAAAAUCAAAGGCGUGCAAUUAUCCCAUUACAGUAUAGUGAACAAUCUCAUCCAAGGUCGCUGUUCGAUUCCCUGGAUGAUGAAUCACUCGUCACGCGCUGUUUUCUUUCCACCAUACUGCCAUGUCUAUGGUCUUACGGUUGUGGUGUUGAGUGGCAUGUGGGUCGGCUCGUUUACCUGUGGAAUCCCAGCCUUUGACCUGGAAUUGUACUGCCGCAAGAUGGAGCAAUACAAGGCAACGUGGACUCACAUUGUUCCGCCCGUGGCCAUUCAACUGGCGUCUUCAAACAUUGCGGCAAAAUAUGAUCUGUCGCACUUGAAGAUCAUCCUCAUCUCGGCAGCACCGACCAAGAAAGAUCUCCAGAUGAAACUGAAGGCAAGGUUUGGCAGCGAUACCAAGAUCGUCCAAGGCUAUGGAAUGUCCGAAUGUUCUCCCUCCGUGCUUGUGCAGAGCCCGCUGGACGACGAUGAGAAUGUUGGGACGGCAGGAAAGCCCAUUGCGGGAACUGAGCUCCGUCUGGUCGAUCCGGUCACGUUUAAGGAUGUCGCGCCAGGUGAAGAGGGCGAACUAUGGGUUCGAGGCCCUCAGACAAUGAUGGGAUAUUACAACAACGAAGCCGCCACACGAGAGACUUUUGUGGGUGACUGGCUUCGCACAGGUGAUAUCUUGCGGGUGGACGAGAAUGGCAAUUUCUGGGUCACGGAUCGUCUCAAAGAGUUGAUCAAAUACAAGGGAUUCCAAGUACCACCAUCGGAACUCGAAGACCUGCUCCUAAAGCAUCCCUUGGUCAAGGACGCUGCCGUGACGUCGAUAUACUCGGACGAACAAGCCACCGAACUGCCCAUUGCAUACGUGACACUUCCUCCCACCACGCCGGCUGCUCAAAAACCAGCCAUGCUUGCUGAAAUCCGUGCCUGGGCCGACGGGCAAGUGGCGGGCUACAAGAAGCUGCGCGGUGGAGUGUUUGAACUGGAAAAUCUACCCAAGACGCCGUCGGGAAAGAUCUUGAGAAGAGAGCUGCCGUGUAAAAAGGCUCAAUCAGAUGGACGAGCUGCCAAGCUGUGA